AUGUCGCGCAGGAAGCAGAAGAAACCGCAACAUGUCCAGUUGAAUAGUUCGUCCUUCGUGGACUACAUGGAUGAUUUCCACGUCUGUUUGGAGAGAACAUCAACAAUAGAUCACUAUGCUCAUGUCUGCAAUCAAUGCUGUGCUGAGUUCAGUGUGCUAUCAGACCUGGAACAACAUCAAAAGGAUUGUUCCCCAAAUCCAAUAGUUCUGAUUGUGGAUGAAACCAAUAAUAGGCUCUCCUGUGGCAAAGCUUGCCCCAGAGCCUCACUACUAGCCAGCUCAUCAGAGGAGCAGGAUAAAACAGUCAAACACUCUGAGAUGGAAGACUGCAACACACCAUCACAGGACAAAACAGGAGGGAGCAUGGAAUUCAUGGAUUGUUCUAGCAACAAAAGUGGCCACAUUAGGUUGGGUGGCCAGGUUUUCACCGCCGGUAGCCAGGAUAAUAACAGCCAUGUCAAUAGCAGAAUACACAAGACACACAAUGUCUUACGUUACUCAGUUCACCCAGCACCAUUACCUCAACCUGGCAACUCGUCCGAACAGGAAGGAUUCUGCUGGAUAAACAGCAAUGUCAUCCUUGAAAAUCUUGAGAGCACUAAAGUGGCUGUGGCCCAGUUUUCACAUCAGGCUCAGUCAGAUGUCUGCCUCAGCAGAAAUGGUAAGAUGGCUGCUGCCUCUCUUCUGGAGCAGCUCCUGGCUCUGCAGAUACAGCAGAUCCACCAGUUGCAGUUAAUUGAUCAGAUUCGUCACCAGGUUCUGCUGUUUGCUUCUCAGAAAGUUGAGAAACCAGACGUGGCCAUCAGCUGCUCUCAGGAAUCCUCAUCCUUAAAAUCUGCCAAUCGGCUCACAACUCUCAGCUGUCAUCUGUCUCAGCAGUUAGCUGCAGCUGCUGGUAUAGCCAAGUACCUUGCAACCCACUCAGCUAGCAUUGAUGACUUUCAGCAAUUAGGGGCAACAGAGCAAUUACACCAAAGUCAUCUGGGUAAUGGAGAUGCACUUUUUACCAAUGAAUCAUUACAAAAUGUUGGAAAGCUUGUGACCUCAGCAAUUCACAAGCAACUUCCACAAAACCAGUUCAUGCUCUCUGGUCACUCCAUCAGUGGAUUCAAUUUCGUGUCCCAAAAUAAAAUGUCCUCUUUAGCAGUUUGCACAGAUAGCUUCAUCAAAAAGACAUCUGAUGGCUUGCAUUUACCCCAGGCAUCAUCUACCAGUCAGCAGAUUGCUUAUAAUUCUAUACCAAAUAUUGGUGCAAUUGUGGAGGAUCUAGAUGCUUUGACUGCCUUGGCCCAACAGAGAAAAUAUAAAUCUUCUAAUAUGACCCUAUCUGAACUCAAGACCUCUUCAAGAGAUACUUUCUUCAAACACAGAUGCAGAUUUUGUGCCAAAGCAUUUGGGAGUGAGAGUGCCUUGAAAAUCCAUUUACGUUCACACACUGGAGAGAGGCCAUAUAAAUGCAACAUCUGUGGCAAUAGAUUCUCCACCCGUGGAAACUUGAAAGUGCACUUUCAAAGACACAAAGAGAGGUAUCCCCACAUACAAAUGAAUCCUUAUCCUGUUCCAGAGCAACUGGACAGCAUCCCAACCAGGACUGGGAUUUCUUACAGCACGCCCAUGCCACCAGAGAAUCCAGUUACACAUCAGCCUGAUAGCCAUCAAUCCCCAAUCUUUAUGACUUCUGGCCCAUUGCUGCCAUUAGAUAAAUCUAAAUUGAACUCGCUCAUCAAGAAAGAGGAGAAUUAUGUUUCAAAUCCAACUUCCUGUAGUCAAGGCAUUCUUUACUUUGAUUCAAAGGUAAAGCCAACACAGACCACUGAGCUAACAGAGACUGGCCAGGGAAGCACAGUGACAAUGAAUCUUAGAAGAGAAGAUGUGAAGUCAUCCCUGAGCCAUGUCUCUCAGGCAAUGAUCAAGCUAGAAAAAGCAAAUGAUCUCACAAGCAAUGAUAACUCAUCUACCCAUGCAAAUUAUUAUUCUUUUGAGGCGAGCCAUCCACUGAAAAUAUGCCAGAGCUCCAAAAUUCAGCAGCAAGUCGAGAACAUUGAUAAGAGGGUGUCAGACCAAAAUGAAUGUGUCAUCUGCCACCGUAUACUUAGUUGCCAAAGUGCCCUAAGGAUGCACUACCGGACACAUACAGGGGAGCGUCCCUAUCAAUGUAAAGUUUGCAGCCGAGCCUUCUCCACCAAAGGAAACCUCAAAACACAUCAGGCUGUUCAUCGAUCAACACCUCUGCUGAGAGUUCAUCACUCAUGCCCCAUAUGCCAAAAGAAGUUCAUCAGUGCUGUGGUCUUGCAGCAGCAUGUCUGCAUGCAUAUGAAUGGCCAGAUCCCCAAUGCUUCCCUCUUACACCAAACACGUCAAAAGUCAAUGGAUUGUAGUGAAGGAUUUGUGGACAGUAAGAAACAGAAGAACUUGAAAGACUUUUGUAAUGAUGUCAACAAAUGCUUCAGGGGCAAUGGCUUCUCCAAGUUUAAUUCCUUGUCCAGUAGUUUGUCCUCAUCUUUGGAUAAAAGUCCCUUUGAGACAAUAAAGAAGACAAGCUGCCAUGGGCCAAGUAGGAAGCUGCAGUUGAACUGGAUAAAGGCAGAGAGGGAGGAGAGAAUGAUCGAGGAAAGUUUUCAUACAUACACACCCCAACCAGUUGAGAGUGACCAAUGCACUGGGGGACUGUUUUCUCAAUGUUCAGCUUACAAACGCUCUCUGUCAUCAAGUAGGCAAGCAUCGGGUCAUUUUGAUUCUAUAAAAUUUGAAGAGCCAUUCCAGAGCCAGGUUCACUCAACUGCUGUUGCAUCCUCUGACCAAAAGUCAUUUAACCACGUUAUCAAUACUCCGUACUUAAUUCACAAUCUCCGUGAAAAGGGCAUCUUAAAGAACACUGUCUGUGAUUUAUGCGGGAAGAAUUUUGCCUGUCAAAGUGCUUUGGAUAUCCAUUAUAGAAGCCAUACCAAAGAAAGACCAUUUACCUGCACCACAUGCAACAGAGGCUUCUCUACCAAGGGAAACCUCAAACAGCAUAUGCUUACACAUCAAAUGAGGGACCUCCCAUCACGCCUCUUUGAACCGACAAAUCCUAAAACUGCAUCCAACCACAGCCCCUCCGCAGUGUAUAGUGGCUCACCAGUCUUAAAGAAAGAGACAGAUGCUUUUCUGAACACCUCCAUUGGAAUGGGCAGGAAUCCUCCUAGUGGUUUAUGGAGCUCAUUGGUUUUGACAUCCACAGCACAUGCCACCAUGCCACCUCGAAGAAUGCCAAAGCAGCACAGCUGCAAGACCUGCGGAAAGACCUUCUCAUCCACUAGUGCCCUGCAGAUCCAUGAGAGGACUCACACAGGGGAGAAGCCAUUCGCCUGCACUGUCUGCAAGCGGGCCUUUACAACCAAAGGAAACCUGAAGGUCCAUAUGGGUACUCACAUGUGGAACAGCGUCCCCACAAGGAGAGGUCGCAGACUGUGUAUAGAUGGAUCCCUGGUGCUUACGGGAAGCCGCCCUGUAAAACUCCCAGAGCCACCACAGAAGAAUUCUGCACUUAUGUCUGUCAAUGGAGAUUUGAUUUACCAUGGGAACCAACUUCUUGAUCCUCUCUCCAUGGACCUUGCCAGUGAUCAUUCGGUAAUGCAGAAUGUGGGUGUGCCUUUCCUCUCUGGGCAAAUGGGGCUGAAGGAGAGGUCACCUGUUAAGGGCACCAAUGUCGGACUGUGUAAACAGUAUGCAGACCAGGCAGACACUCACAUAAAUCAUGUGAAAAAUAACUCUGGAAAGGGGACUUACUUCGGCUUCGCAAGUUUUAGCAAAGAUAGGAAAGAAAUGGUCGCCAGUUGA